AUGAUAAACGUCCACUUGGUUGCCCGGACGUCUGUCCAAUAUGCUCAAAGAAGACAUCACCCACCAACUGUAGCAGACGUCUUCCAGUUUCUCGGGGCGGCCAUUCAGACCACCGUUUUCCAGCUGUCUGUCGCUGAGCCACCAUUCGAGAAGAUCGCGGUCUUUGAUUUUAUCAAGCUGUCCAGCAAUGGCCAAAGUGGCCAGACAUGUGAAUAUUUGCGCAGAGUGCGACUCAGAGCCUGGAACAAGCCCAAACCCUCCGUCAAAAUUCUGACAUUGUAUGAUGAAAUCGACGGCAGGAUCGACGAUUUCCGGGGUCAGACUUUCCAAAAUGCUCAACGACUGAAUUGCAGUAUACACGAACCGCGUGUCGACCUCGCCAAAACGAUCGCCUUGGAACGAACCGUCUGGCAAUUGGAGAUUCGUGAUGAAUUUGAGGAUCUGUGGUCUUUUAUCGUCUAUCACAUCCAAACAAUCGUACAUUUUCAGCAGUUGCAGUGCCGAAAGCGUAGACAGCAAAUGUGCGUCAUGUCUGGGAUACGAGCCAAACCCUCCGUUUGUCUCGUCGUAGCAAUUAAGAAUGAAUUUGACAAGAUCUGCCUUGUUAAACUCGUCCUCAGCCUUCAUCAUGAAAAGAGCACACGCGCCCCAAUAAACACCAUUCAUUCGUAG